CACAGAAACACAAGUCAGAAUCAGAUCCACUGAGAGCUCUCCAAGCUUGGAAAGUGCAACGCAAUGGACAAACAACAAAGGACCGGCGAAGGGGAACAAUACGACGGCGGAUUACUUUGCCGGUUUGCCCAUCUCGUGUUGCCAUACUUAGAACCUGCAGGUCUAGCCUCCGUCUCAGCAACCUGCAAGGCGUUACGUGUAGUUUCCAAGGCUAUUACUUCCAGAAGAAUCUCCGACGCUUCUAGAGGCAUGGAGACUUACCCCAUUUCUUUCUUCAACUCCGUCGACUCCGAACUUUACGCCUACUUCAUCUACUCCCCUGUUCAGACCCUACCCACCUCCCCAUCCAUCGCCGGUCUAUUCUGGGGAGGAGAACUUGGAGGUUCAGGUCGGGUUAGGCAGGACCCGUUCCUAAUCCGGGUGGAAGGUUCUGACGGGUGCGGGUGUGAGAGUUGCGACUUGGAUUGCCCGUGCAUCGACUUUUCUUCCGGGUUGCCAACCCGAGAAUGCGGGCCAAGUUGCCAGUGCGGGUCAGAGUGCGGGAACAGGUUAACUCAGAAAGGAGUAUCAGCGAAGCUGAAGGUUGUGAAGGAUAGGAGAAAAGGGUGGAGUUUGGUUGCUGCUGAUUUCACUCCAAAAGGGAAGUUCAUAUGCGAGUACACAGGAGAACUUUUGACCACCGAGGAAGCAAGAAAUCGCCAUAAACUAUAUGACAAAAUUUCAAAGAGUAGCCACUUUUCGCCUGCCCUGCUGGUUGUGAAGGAGCACCUUCCAUCUGGAAAUGUGUGCAUGAGAAUCAACAUUGAUGCUACCAGAAUUGGCAAUAUUGCACGUUUCAUUAACCAUUCCUGCGAUGGUGGUAACCUUUGUACAAUGAUAGUUCGAAGUUCGGGAGCAUUGCUACCCCGAGUUUGCUUUUUCUCUUCCAGGGAUAUUUUGGAGAAUGAAGAGCUCAGUUUCAGUUAUGGGGAUACUACGCUUAACCCAACAGGCUCUCAAUGCUUUUGCGGUAGUGCUUGUUGUUGUGGGAUCCUUCCAUCAGAGCACACAUGAUGUGGUAAGGUAACAUUCCAUUGCUUUAAACACUUGGUACAUUUAUACUUCGAGGUGCAUUCCUCUAUCAAGUUCAGCUCUAAAGCACAUGGCAUUGAGCAUAAAAUGCUGUAACCAGAAAAGAUUGAAGAGGCCAUCGAAGUAUGUGGUGGAAUGCUACGAUUCCUUCACUCUUAACCAGUGACCUUCUUUGGUUCGUGCCCUGGGAAUGGACUCCGCUUCAGUAGGGAUGCUAAAAACUCCCCAUAGUGAGCUAUCAGCAGUGUGAUUCCGGAUAAAUCAGGUACGAGUUCUGAAAACCGGAUGAUUUGAAAAAAAAAGAAAGAAAAAAUUGAAGAGUCAAUCCUUUCUGUGCCUGAUAUGACGUUCUGUGACGAAAGAUGCAAGCCAGAUUCAUAUUCAAUUGAUAAGGGAGGAUAUUGUGUUGUUGGAAUUUAUCUCCUCAAGGAUAAGAUGUUGUGUUUGUCAAGUUGCUAGACAAAGCUAAUGGAUAAGAAGGCACUAGGUGGACAAUAAAAGGAAGCGGUGGACGAGGCAACAUAUUUGGCACUUUUGUGAUCACUUUGAUGACUGAAGAAGAGCAUGGACAGAACAAUGGAAUUGACAGGUUAUUUAGGAUUUAUAUAGUUGGGAAAGUUAAAAAAGAUGUAAGUCGGCAAAGAAAAUGUUCACGUGCUACUGUCAAAUGAAAAACAACCUUGGAAAAAGCACCAUAAUGAAGGGUAUUCCAUUAAAACAAUGCUGAUGUGAACCAUAUAAAAAGGUCUGACACAAUUUCUAGGAAAAGACUUAUUUGGCUAUUUUGCUUGUUGAAAUGGUGAAGAGAUUAUACGUCUCAAUGUGGACUUCGUCGUUGGAAGAUUUGAAGAAUGGCAGCCACCCAAAGUUGAACUCUAAUGGACAAAGAAAGAGACAAUGCUAAUGAUUUGCGAAUCUUCAGAAAUUAAGGGACCACUGAGAAGGUAACUAUCGAAAUCCAGAUUCAAUUCCAACAGUUUCUUCAUACAUGAAAUAAAGAAGGAAAGAAAAGCAUCUUCUGGGGUUGGAUCAAGUAAAAGAAAAAAUUCCAUUUUGUGGUAAAACAAACAUGAACUAGACAAGAAUUUUGAGAAUUUCUUGAAUUUACCGACUUUUAUUCAAAAUCCGAAGCAUGACAGAAACCAAACUUAUAGUCCUGUCGUAAAAAAUGGCAAGAUUAGAUUACAUCACUGUUUCAAUCAAGUUAUGGUGGUUGACUAGGGUCUCUAUUGAUUAAUUCGAUUUUAAUUUAAGUAUUUGCUGCUGUUAGCUGUUAUACUUGCUAAAUUCUACAGCUGAGGGAGAUAAAGUUGGGGGAAAGGAAUAAUAGCAUUCUCCUUGGUUUUGCAAGUCAACAAGAACUGAUGCCAAGAGGAGUCACUAGAAAGCAAAAGAAGUAACCAGUUCUAGUCCAUUAGAUUCUAGUGCUAAAGAGAAGAAGAAAGAUCAAAGACCUGGAAGGAGAAGAUGUCUAGAAAGUAGCCUAAAAUUUACUAGUGGAAAUCUGAAGAAUGGAUCCCAGCAUGACAUAGAGCAACAGCAAGGAAUUGUUUUGAGGGUUAAAAAUUGAUUGCUUAAGGAUGAUUCUUUUGGUUGCAAGGUUAGUUUUGCUUUCAUCCAUCUUUCUCUUACAAUUAUUUGUACUUGUAAGAGCUUUUGGGUAAAUGUUCUUUUACCUCUGCAAAUCUCUCUAUUCCCUGUCAAAAGAAAGUGUAUUUAUUUGACUUCUAACAAAAUUGUCUUUUGACUUUUAUUUUCAGAUUGUAAUAGCGAUGAAAGAACAAUUCUAAUAUAUCCCUUUAAUUUUGAGUUACUGUAAUAAGAAGGUCAAACCUCCUGACAUUAGG